CAACCAACCAACAAAACAUUCAUGGAUCUUGCUGACACCGGAUCCUGAGAUAACCAAGUACCUCUAACCUACUGACCUUGGUACUUAUAUACCAUAGUCGGGGCCCCGUUUUGAUACGUAUUUCUGCUUUCCGGCUCUUUCGGACCAAAACCUCGGUCUCUCUCGUCCAAAAUGAAUCAAGACGUGCCCUUCCAGCUAAGGCAUGACACAAAAGGUCGUGGAAUCUUCUCCACCAGAGCCUUUUCUCCAGGCGACAUCAUCCUCCCAUUUACACCAACGAUUCUCAUCCCCUCACUAUCUCACAUAAAAACCAUCUGCAGCCACUGCUUCAAGCCGGCUGACGUGCGCUCCUGUUCCGGCUGCCAUGCUGUGUCCUACUGCGAUGCCGCCUGCCAAUCUGCGAACUGGACUGCAGUCCACUCCAAAGAGUGCAAACUACUGCGUAAAGUGACCGAGCAAGGACACCCGGGCAUACCGACACCCGUACGAGCAGUGAUCCAGGCGCUGGUGAAGCCUGGUAUUGGCGCUGCGCUGGAGACCCUUGAAGGAAAUGUCGAGGCUUGGAGGAGGAGUGACAAAUGGGCCGACAUGGAGAUGAUGGCCAUGGGCGCUACUGCGUUUACUGGGCAGGGCACGGGUCAAGAGCAAUUGCAGAAGACGCUGGCUCUACUCUGCAAGAUUCAGACAAAUACCUUUCACAGGCAUGAUGCCGAUCUUGGCCAGGUUGGCAUCUUUCUCGAACCAAAGCUCGCCAUGGCCAACCACUCCUGCACCCCUAAUGCUAUGGUGCAGUUUGUUGGCAGGAAGGCUAUACUGAGAGCCGAAAAGCCGAUCAAAGUCGAUGAGGAGAUCGAGAUCUCUUACACUGAUUACACGUUCCCUCUGUCCAAGAGACAACAUGCACUCGCACCGUACUUUUUUGAUUGUCAAUGCCCUAGAUGCGAGAAAGACCUCAACGUCUACCAAGUCUGCGCCGGCUCUCCGAUCAUCAAUAUGAACCGCCAUAGCCUGGUUGCUGAUGUCGGCAAGCUUGGCAAGCACCCUGCUGCAACAGAUUCGACCAAAGCCUCAACGGCUACGAGUUUUAGCGAGCAACUAUCUGACCUGAUGGAUGAGAAAGACACUACCUUAUCACCAGAGGAUCGUCGAAGAGUACUUCGAGCUCGUUACCAGCAAUGCAAAGGACUGAGAGCCCAGAACCUUUGGGCAGUAUCACCGCUCCCACAGCUGCUGACUGAGGUAUCGAUCCUAUACAUCGAAGAAAGCAACUUUAUAUAUGCUUUGACUACGGCAUGCUUCGUCGCGACUUCCAGCGAACCUUAUCGACAUGUCUUGCCAUAUCAUCCUAUUCGCACCAAGGGCCUUUUACUCGUCGCCAAAUUACUUGCCAAUACGGCAGCUGACACAGCCUCACUCGGCAACUCACAAGCCGUGGCAUCAAAAGGGGAUAUUAACCAGAGGGCUCUUCAGACACUGCAGGAUAUUGACCAAGUUUCCUUGUGCCAAAUGCUUCUCAUUAUGAUUAUAGCGUCUGUUCCCAGAGACUAUGUUCGAGAAUGGGAGGUCUCGGCCACCGCUCAGCAGAUGCUGGAUGAGAUCAACGAGCUACCAGGAAGAGACCAGGAGAUGUCUCUUAUCAACACCUGGAAAGAGAAUCCUGAGAGUGAACAAGCUCGAGCCUUUUUUGAGUAUGCCGUAGUGAAGCAAGUAGAUUCUCUGGCAAAUUUGGGACUUGAGAUACUUGAGAUGGACCUUGGCUAUUGAAUAGAGAUAAUAAUCUAGUGUUUGUUUGGGAACCGAAUAGAUUCUGGAAUUGAUGAUUUGGAUACUUGAAGCCCACCUUAGUUAGACUCUGGAUUUAUUCUUGAGGGCUGUAACAUUGAUAGGUCUU